UCUUCACAAACACACACUCUGUAUGUGAUGAUAAAUAUAAAGAGUUUUCAAGUAGACAAAUUAACAAACAAGACUUGAAAAGAUUGGUUAUGUGCUACUGAACACUGAGAUGGAAUUUGUGAAUAGCCAAAUGCUAAAACAACAGCAGCAACAGCAUUUUCAUGUGUUGGUGGUAGAUGAUAAUGUCAUUGAUAGGAAGCUUUUGGAGAGGCUCUUGAGAGAUUCUUCAUGCAAAGCAGCUACCUUCCUUGACUCUGGAGUCAAGGCUCUGAAAUAUCUUGGCCUGCUUGAUGAUGAUAUUCAUAAUGCUUCGUCAACUUCUCCAGAAUCAUUGCAACAAAACGGAAUCAACGUGAAUUUGAUCAUGACAGACUACUGCAUGCCAGGAAUGAGUGGCUAUGAUUUACUCAAACGAAUCAAGCAGCAGGGAUCUUCUUGGAAAGAUGUACCAGUCGUCAUUAUGUCAUCGGAAAAUAUACCAUCUAGAAUCAGCAUGUGCUUGGAAGGAGGGGCAGAGGAGUUUCUAUUGAAGCCUCUUCAGUUAUCAGAUUUGAAGAAGCUUCAGCCACACUUUUUGAAACCCUUUGAUCAUUUUAGUGAACAAGAUUCUGCUGACAGAUCCAUAGCUUCUCACAAUCACACUAAUAACAAUGAUAAGAACAAUAGUUUUAACAAAACAAAGGCAAUGUCUCCGGAGCAUGGUUUUAAAUUGCAGUUUGCAUCUACAAUUGUAACUACAAUAUUACGGUUUUGGAACUCUCUAUAAUUGCAACACAAUUAUAUUUGU